GGACAUGCUCAGCGAGCCCAGCGACGAGAUGCAGGAGAUCCCCCCCAAGUGAGUCCAAGCGAGCUGGUGAAUGGCGCCCGAUCCCGUGCCAAGGAGCUUGCCAUCUACCUCGGCUGUCGGAUGUCGGCUCUCCACCUCCGCACACCGCUGACUCCAGCUACGAUUCCAUCCGCCGCUAGCCCCCCCACCCCGGCCCAUAUAGAGCGCUUGCGCAUGUAUUUUUACGCUUGCAUGCUGCAGGGAGGGGGGGCGCCGCGGAUUGUGUCAGUGGCUGAGGGUGCACGGUGGCUGGCGGUAUGGGGUCGUCCGUGCUUGGCAGGUGACGGCGCCGACGAGCGAAUGGCAGGCGGUCAAUGCUGCAUCGUGGCCGAUUCCGAGGGCUGAGGGCCGAUUGUAUUGUAGCAUGCCAGCCAUCGUGCGACGAGCGAACUAGUACUUCCGACCACUCGUGUUUUUACUAGAGCCCACCUG